AUGGAGGACGAGGAGUUUAUACCGACGAACUUGAAAUACAUUUGUUCGGAAUGUGUCGAUCACCUCGAGAAGUCACUUUCCUUCAAGGGGCAGACUACCAAGAGCUUGGCUUUGCUACAAAAUGUCAAAGAUGAAGAAUAUUUAGAUGAAUCGAUACUGGAAGAGGCGGAAUGCGUCACAGGGGAAGAUGGUAAGCCGAUGGUGAUCUUGAAGACUUCAGGCUCUGAUGGUGAUGAUGAUGAGAUGGAUGAAGAUUUAGACGACGAACAUGCAAUCCAAGCUCUUGACGAAACCACCUGCAUCUACUGUGACCUUCAACUGGCCACCGUGGAAGACGUCCACGACCACAUCAGGACAGUGCACGAGCUGGAGCCGAGGACUGGCCUGCCUCUGCGAGAGUGCACUCUCUGCGGAGUAGCUUUGAGGGACCCUGCUGAUCAUCAUAAUAGAUGUCACGGCGUGAAAUCCGAAUCAGAAGGCAGGAAGUACCCGUGCCAUUUCUGCGAUAAUAUCUACGUGAGCAAGAAGGCUUGUUUCACCCAUCUACGCAUGAAACAUGGAUUAAAACUCUGCAACGAGCAAACUCCGAAAUACGUGCCGCGAGAGCGCAAGAAGUGUCACAUGUGUAACCGAGACUUCAGUCAGAAACAGAUACUCAACAAACAUCUGUGGAAGGCGCAUGGCUUUGAGGUAGAAAAACGCAAAGCCUUCAUCUGUCCACUAUGCGACGAGCGCGUGAGCUACGGCUCCAACUUCAGCGCUCACCUGCUGCACGCGCACCGCGUACACGAACAGGUCGAGCAGCUCGAGUUCCAUAAUAUGGACGAUUUCAUGAUAUUCAAGAGUGCGAUACAAGAGGAGACUAAGUACCGUUUCAGGAAGACUACGGCGAGCAAGCAGACUAUUGAAGGCGUUAGAUCUCAUUAUAUGUGCAGCCAGUCCGGCGUUUAUGUUUAUCAGGGCAAAGGCAAACGCCCAGCGCCCGAGCGUCAAAUCUACAAGACUGGCAAAGCGUGCCCCGCGCAUAUGAUAGUCACAGAAACUAUGGACCGAGUUCUCGUCACCUUCUAUAAAACUCAUGUCGGACAUGGACCUUGUCCAUAUUUUGAGCCGAGAGAAUCUAAGAAAAUCAAAACUGAAUCGCACACCACGACUUCAAUAGUCAUUGACGAAGCUUUGAAUUCUGAAUUGGAACCGAAAGCCGAAGUAGGUGAUGUAGCCGAGGAGUCGGCGUGGAUGUGCGAUGCGUGUGGCAUGGCGUUCUGUGAUGCUGACAAGUUUAGAGACCAUGUCGCCACACAUGGCUUAGAGCUGUUUCCUUGCCAGUACUGUGAUGAUGAUUUCCAAAAUCUCGACGCUUGGACCCGACACGUUCGUUUGGAACAUAACAUGGGCAGCCUGUUUUAAUGUUAACUUUUAUAAUAUAAUUACGGUUAACGAGAAAUUUACCAAAUAUUUACCUUAAGACAAUGUUUAGUUUACCAACUACAGAAGAAAAUUAAUUUAGUUUUUCAAACUUGUGAAAUGAAGUGUCCGAUUUUGUAUGACUUUGUUCAAUAAAAUUAUCAUCAAUUUA